AUGGAAAAGAGCGCGCAAGUGAACACGGAGCACACCGAUAUGGUGCACGAUGCGCAGCCCGAUUACUACGGCAAGCGAGUCGCGACGUGCUCUUCCGAUCGAACAAUCAAGAUCUUCGAGGGCUCAAAUGAAUCCAACUACACGCAAGUCGCGGAAUUGAAGGGUCACGAAGGUCCCGUGUGGCAAGUGUGCUGGGGCCACCCCAAGUUCGGCGUCAUCCUCGCAUCGUGCGGCUACGAUCGCAAGGUGAUCGUGUGGAAGGAGGCGGCCAAGAACAUCUGGGAGAAGAUUCACGUCUACGAGGGCCACGAGCUCUCCGUCAACAGCCUCGCCUUCGCGCCCCACGAAUUCGGCCUCGCCCUCGCCUGCGCCUCCUCGGAUGGCCAUGUAUCGGUGCUCUCCUACUCGCCUGCCGAGGCCAAAUGGGACGCCCAGCGAUUCCAGGCGCACCAAAUCGGCGUCAACUCCAUCUCCUGGGCGCCCGCCGUCGCCCCUGGCGCUCUCCUCCGCUCGGGAUCGAUCGCCCAGCCCCCCGUGAGGCGCUUCGUCACCGGCGGCUGCGACAACCUCGUCAAGAUCUGGCGACACUCGCCCCAGGACAACCAGUGGCGCUGCGAGGACAAGCUCAAAGCCCACCAGGACUGGGUGCGCGACGUGGCCUGGUCCCCCAACAUGGGCUCCACCGCGAGCGUCAUCGCUUCGUGCUCGCAGGACAAGACCGUCAUCAUCUGGACCCAGGAGGACUCCUCCAAGGGCUGGGAGCCCCGUCCCCUCCACACCUUCUCCGAGGUCGUGUGGCGCGUCUCGUGGUCGCUGACGGGCAACAUCCUGGCGGUGUCGUCGGCUGACAACAAGGUCACGCUGUGGAAGGAAUCGCUGCAGCCCGAGCCCACGUGGACGUGCCUCUCCACCCUCGACGAGGCCAGCGAGUAG